AUGCUUUGCAAUUUAGAGCUCCAGGCAGUUAAGGACUAUGUCUUGAAUAUUUACAUUGGAAUAAAUUUGGUAACCUGGCUUUGCAAAACUAUUGGCUAUCAGAAUUAUGUUGGCCAUAGCAAGGUGUCUAAUACUGCACUCUUUACCUUGUCUUUCUUGAGUUUCUUUAAAGCUUGUAAUAUCUGUUUUUACAGAGAUGCAGAAACAGUUCAGUUGCUGGUCAUCAUUCACUACAAAAAUAAAUCAAUUUUGCAUAUGGAAAAAUGGCUCCUAUUUGCAAACCAACUGUUAGAAAAGAGUGUCAAUGCUCUAUCUGUAAAAGCAAGACACUAG